UGAUCAGCCGACCUUCCAUCAUGAAGACCAUUCUCCUCCUCUGCCUGGUGGCUCUAGCCGCGGCCGACCAGAGUGCACGGAUCGCCAACUUCCAGUACGGCAUCGAGGAGGACGGAUCCUAUGCUGCCAAUUACGAAACAACUAACGGCAUCAAGGCUCAGGAGGACGGCAUCUCCUACCCCGGCAACAUCCCUGAGUCUGGCAACUACGUGAGGAGCGGCUCGUACUCGUACGAAUGGGAGGGCGUCACCUACACGGUCACCUGGACGGCCGACGAGAACGGCUUCCACCCGGAGGGUGACCACCUGCCCGACUUCAGCCACACCCGCGAGCACAUCGGAGGCGUGGAGGAUCAUCUCUAAAGCCACUGAUAAUCGCAACAACAAAAUAUAUACAUCAUUAUGAUAGCAUUACGCCGGGAAUGUGUGUAAGUCGUAAAUCAUUACAAACUACCAUUUCAUCGUGACGCCGCUGUUACCCAGUCCUUUGUUAAUAUGUGAUCAUCGUGUUCACGCAUGUUGAAUGUGGUUAUAUGUGUUUGUCCUGUCUUUAAAUGUUAUUGUCCGAAUACAAUUUAUUGGGCUGAAAGAAA